UAAAAUAGAAGAUGUAAUGCCACGAUUAAAUUAAUUAGUGUCUUGCUUCUUCUUCUUCUUUCUUUCUUAAAACCACGACCAAUCAUCAGAUCACAUUACUGAUAAACUUCAAGCAACACUGCCUACACCAAGAUAUUCAUUCAUCAAUGUCUUCUUUGAAAGAUCGCCGACAACGUAGAGAUGUUGGUCUUGAUGAAAUGGCUGAAGCAUUUAUAAGUAAUUUUAAUAGAGUGAUUCGUGAAUAUGAAGUGUUCUUAAGUUUCAGAGGAGAAGAUACUCGUGCAUCUUUCACUUCACAUCUCCAUGCUGCUCUUCGGAACGCUGGAAUCUCCGUUUUCAUGGACGAUGAUUCGCUUCAAAGGGGAGAUCACAUUUCAACAUCAAUAAAUCAAGCCAUCGAAGAAUCUCAAAUUUCUGUGAUUGUUUUUUCAAGAAAUUAUGCAGAUUCACGUUGGUGUUUAGAUGAGUUGGUGAAGAUAAUGGAGUGUCGCAGAACCAUAGGUCAGGUGGUUUUACCUGUGUUUUACGAUGUAGAUCCUUCUGAGGUACGUCAUCAGAAAGGCGAGUUUGGAAAAGCAUUUCAAAGUCAUUUGAGUAGACUUUCAAAUAAGGAAGGAAGUCAAGACAGGUAUGGAAAAUCAGUUCGAAACUUUUUAAACAGUCUGUCUAUCUUUAAAGACAAGUCAGAGAAACAAGUGCUGAAACGGUGUUGGAGCGCGGCGCUUCGUGAGGCAACAGGGCUUGCUGGGUUUACAGUGCUAAAUUCCAGGAACGAAAGUGAGGCUGUCAAGGAUAUUGUUGACAAAGUUAAAUAUUUGUUAAACAAGAAAGAUAUGUUCAUUCUUAAUAAUCCAGUGGGAGUUGAACCUCGAGUGUCAGAUAUAAUUCAACUACUAGACAUCCAACAAACAAAUGAUGUUCUUCUACUAGGAAUGUGGGGCAUGGGAGGAAUUGGCAAAACCACCAUUGCAAAAGCUGUUUGCAAUAAAAUUGGCUAUAAUUUUGAAGGUAAGAGCUUCCUUCUAAAUAUUAGGGAGGUUUGGGAGUCAAAUGGUGGAAAAGUGUCUUUACAACAGCAACUUCUCUAUGGUAUUUGUAAAGAAAACGAAACCAAGAUACAAAAUGUUGAGGAAGGGAAAAAAAUAUUGAUGGAUAAACUUUGUCAUAAAAAAGUACUUCUCGUACUUGAUGAUGUGAAUACACUGGAUCAAUUGAAUGCUUUGUGUGGAAGUCGAAAAUGGUUUGGUUCGGGGAGUAGAAUAAUCAUCACAACUAGAGAUGAACAUAUACUUAGAGCGAUUAGAGUCGACAGAUUAUACACAAUGAAAGAAAUGGAUAAAAGUGAAUCAGUUGAGCUUUUUAGUUGGCAUGCGUUCAAGCAAGCGAGACCUACAGAAGAUUUUGCUGGAGUUUCCUUAAACGUAGUUGAGUAUUCUGGGGGAUUGCCGCUAGCUUUGGAAGUUCUUGGGUCAUAUUUGUUUGAAAGGGGGAUAGUAGAGUGGAAGUGUGCAUUGGACAAGCUCAGAAGAAUUCCCAAUGAUGAAGUGCAGAAGAAAUUAAAAAUAAGCUAUGAUGGUUUAAAUGAUGAUACAGAGAAAGAAAUAUUCCUUGACGUAGCAUGUUUCUUUAUUGGAAUGGACCGAAAUGAAGUUAUACUUAUAUUAAAUGGUUGUGGACUUUUCGCAGAAAUUGGGAUAAGUAUCCUAGUUGAGCGAUGCCUUAUAACUGUUGAUCAUAAGAACAGACUUGGAAUGCAUGAUUUGGUACGAGAUAUGGGAAGAGAAAUCAUUCGUGAGGAAUCACUAAAAGAGCCUGGAGAGCGUAGCAGGUUGUGGUUUAGUGAAGAUGUGCUUAAUGUAUUGUCAAGCGAAACUGGAACAAAAGUUGUUGAGGGACUGGCUUUGAAGUUGCCAAGAGCUAAUGCAAAAUGUUUUAGGACUAAAGUAUUUACGAAGAUGACGAGACUCAGGUUCCUUCAACUUACUGGAGUACAACUUAAUGGAGAUUUUGAAUGCCUCUCAAGAAAUCUGAGAUGGCUUUCUUGGAAUGGAUUUCCUUUAAAAUGCUUACCUACGAGCUUUUAUCAAGAAAAUUUAGUUUCUAUUGUGUUAGAAAACAGCAAUGUCAAACUUCUAUGGAAAGUAACUCAGAGGUUGGAAAACCUUAAAAUUCUCAAUCUUAGUCAUUCUCAUUAUCUGAAACAAACUCCGGAUUUUUCAAACUUGCCUAAUCUUGAACAGUUAGUACUCAUAGAUUGUCCGAAGUUGUCUGAGGUUUCGCCUAGUAUUGGACAUCUAAGUAAAAUUCUUCUGAUAAAUUUGGAAGACUGUACUAGUCUUCAUAGCCUUCCAAGAAGUAUCUAUAAGUUGAAAUCUCUGAAAACUCUCAUUCUUUCCGGGUGUUCAGCUAUUGACAAGUUGGAAGAAGACUUAGAACAGAUGGAAUCUUUAACCACUCUACUCGCAAAUAACACUGCAAUAACAAGAGUUCCGUUUUCAAUAGUAAGAUCAAAAAGCAUUGGAUAUAUUUCUUUGUGCGGCCAUGAAGGAUUUUCACGUAAUGUCUUUCCAUCUAUCAUUUGGUCUUGGAUGUCACCGACAAGCAAUCUCCCAUCUCCAUUUCAAACAUCUGCCGUCACGUCGUCCUUGGUUCCAUUAGAUGUACCAAAUAGUAGUUCCCAUGAACUAUUGUCUAUGUCCAAGUACCUUCCGUGGCUUCGAUGUCUUUGGGUGGAGUGCGGAUCAGCACUUCAACUUGCUCAAGACUCAAAAAGAAUUUUGGAUGCCUUAUAUGCCACAAAUUUUACAGAAUUGGAAUCAACUUCAUCACAAGUUUCAAAUGUGAAAGCUCAUGCGUUACAUCAAUACUACUGUCAAGUGCACAUUUCAGAAUCAAAUACUUUCUUGAGAUCUCUUUUUAUUCAAAUGGGAAUGAGUUGCCAAGUCACUAAUGUUUUGAAAGAGAAGAUUUUACAGAAUAUGGGCGUUAAUCGCCAUGGUGGUUGUUUGCUUCCCAGUGAUAGUUAUCCAAACUGGUUAACCUUCAAUUGCAAAGGUUCUUCUGUAAUUUUUGAAGUCCCUCGAGUGCAGGGGCGAAACUUAAAGACAAUGAUAUGCAUUGUCGACUCUUCAACCGCGGAUAAUAUAGCAUCAGAUGGUCUUAAAAAUAUGUUGGUGAAAAAUUACACAAAGGCCACCAUUCAGCUCUAUAAGAGAGAGGCAUUAGUCUCAUUUGAUAAUGAGGAGAGACAGAGCUUAGUAUCAAGUAUAGAACCAGGUAACAAAGUCGAGGUUAUUGUUGUUUUUGAGAACAAUUUCAUUGUUAAGAAGGUAACAAUUUAUCUCAUAUAUGAUGAACCAAAUGGAAAAGUAAUUGCUUAAACAUACUUCGCAGGUUGAAGCCAACCAUUUUUCGGAGAAGUCUAUUGACAUAUUUAGUUUUUCUUUUGUUGGGUUUUACAAGUCUUGUCAUCUAACAAAGAUGUAUGUAUUGGUUAUCUCAUUGAAAAA